AUGGGCCUAUCUGGCAUUGCGCCGGCUGUGGUCGCAGCUGUGGCUUUUGGUGUCCAGUAUGUGCCCGUUAAGAAAUACAAGAUCUACGAUGGCACCACCUUCCAGUGGUUCAUGUGCUCUGGCAUCCUGUUCGUUGGCCUGGCCUUUGCGAUCCUGGGUGGAGAUCUACCUAGAGGCAUGCCGCCAAAGGUAGUUUUCGGUGGUUGUCUCUGGGCGCUAUCCAAUUUCGCUGUGCUGCCACUGGUGAAAUUGCUGGGCAUCGGCUUGGGCUUCUCCCUGUAUCAUUUUCAGAACAUGAUCGUGGGCUACGUUGUCGGUCGAAAAGGUCUUUUCGGACUCCCAGCUCUUCAGCCAGCGUUCGAUGGCAGUCUUGUCUUCUGCGAUGUCGGCUGCUGCCUGAUUCUUGUUUCCUUCGUUGCACUGUUGCUAGUGGAGGGUGGUGGAAAAGAGGAGUCCAAUGAGAAGGACUCCGAGAACACACAUCCUCAGCCGACAGUGCAUGGGAAGCCUUGUCAGCCAGACAGCUACGAAGAAGUUCCGGCAGACAGGCCGCACCCGCACCGCCUCUUCGAAGAGUCAAGCACUUUCGCCGCCUUUGCCCUCGAGAUCGAUGAGGGUGAUGAUGGCGAGGCUUUUCGCCCAGAGGUACCUGAUGUAGCCGAGGUCACGCCAGAAGCCACGGCACCUCCAAGGAAGCAACCUUGGCGGAACUGCGCUCUGGGCGUGCUGCUUGCGAUCGUGGCCGGCAGCCUGACAGGCGUCCAAAGCGUGCCGGCCACACUCUACAGCCUGGAGCAUCCAGACUAUCCCUCAACCGCCGUGGUCUUUCCACAAUGCGUCGGAGUCUGGUUUGCUUCCACUGCCAUCUAUGUCGUUUACUCCGGCAUUGCCCGCUUGAGAAGAAAGCCGGUUCUGCAUUCUGUGAUACGCCCUGCUUUCAUAAGCGGCUGCAUCUGGUCAUUGGGUUUCCUCUUCAUGAUUCAAGGCAUCCACCAGCUUGGCUUCGCAGUGGGAUACACCUUAGUUGCUGUUGGCCCGAUCAUCGUGGCAAGCUUGGUGUCAAUCUGCUGGUUCAAAGAAAUAACCGGCAGGAGGCAACUUUUGCACCCCGGCUGCAGUCUGCUUGUCAAAGCAGCCUAUCUUGUAAGCUCCUGCCCUGUUUAUGCAAGAGACUGCACGACAUGUUCAGUGGUGAGGCCAGAAGUGUGA